AUGGCUUCCACAUCUUCUCCCGAUACGCUGGGCAGUAGCCCCGCGGGGACUACAUCGGGCUCCACGUCGAUGAAUAGCAAGGGAACCGCUUCACCUGCCAACGAGGUCGAGUUGAAGACUAUGCAGUCUAAUGCACCUAAGGGCUCGAUCCCUCUGGGUGAAGAUAUUAUGCAGUUGGCUCGGAUUGGAGAGAUUCCCGCGAUGCAGAAUUUGUUUGCGACGAAGAAAUUGACGGCGAAUCACCGCGACGAGGAAGGCAUUACGCCGCUCCAUUGGGCGGCUAUCAACAAUCAAUAUGCCAUGUGCAAGUUCCUCCUCGACUCGGGCGCCGACGUUAACGCCAAGGGCGGAGAAUCAGUGGCCACGCCGGCUAUGUGGGCAGCGCAGCGAUGCCACUAUUACAUCGUCAAUCUCCUGCUUUCCUACGGCGCAGACCCGCUCUUGACCGACGUGCAAGGCUACAAUAUCCUGCAUCUGGCAACUAUCGAUGGCAACGCGUUCCUGGUCCUCCUUCUCCUACACCAAGAGAUUCCCGUCGAUGUAGUCGACCAGCAAGGACACACGGGUUUGAUGUGGGCCGCGUACAAGGGCUAUCCAGCAUGCGUGGAUCUAUUCCUGCGAUGGGGCGCGAAUGCCAACGCCGUGGACGAGGGUGGUUUGACGCCGUUGCACUGGGCGCUUGUCAAGGGCUCCUUACCUAGUGUGUUGAAGCUGCUGGAGUACGGCGCGGACCGAUUUGCGGAGACACGCGAUGGCAAGUCGCCUAGCACUGUGGCGCAGGAAAUGAAUACUUCGCGCAUUUGGUUGCGCGCUCUUGCUGAGCGGGGCUAUGAGCCUGAUGGUACUCAGAAGGCUGUGCCGAUGGGGUUGUCGGGGUAUAUUCGGAAUAAGAGCGUUAUGGGCAAGUUCUUUUUCUUGUGGCCGUUCUUGACGCUUUUGAUCGCCAUUUGGAUGCUCAGUCAUUUGCCUAUUUUCUUGGGUGUCCCGCUUACGGCGGCGACGGUGUUUGGUAUGCAAUAUGUUGCUCAGCAGUUGGCGAACCGGGGUCCUUCGGAGUAUCGUAUUUUGCAGAAGACGCCGUAUUUGGCUGGUGUUUUUGCAGCGACGCUCUUCUGGGUUGGAUUCCGUUAUGCCUUCAAGGUGCUACCAGCUACCUACUCCUCGGCUCCUAUUUUGAACAUCCUCUUUGCGGCUUUCUUCAGUUUCACUACCUACUUCUACACUUUGGCCAUGAUCGAAGAUCCGGGCUAUGUGCCGAAGCUUAGCAGUCGGAACCAGCAGAGGGAGAUGGUCAAGGAGCUGUUUGAGCAGUGGAAGUUUGACGAGGAGAACUUUUGCGUUCCUUGCAUGUCGAGAAAGCCUCUUCGUAGCAAGCACUGCCGCCGUUGUGGCCGCUGCGUUGCCAAGCAUGAUCACCACUGCCCCUGGAUUGACAACUGUGUUGGAGCGAACAACCUGCGCCACUUUGUCCUGUAUAUUGUUUCUCUUGAGAUUGGCAUCAUUCUAUUUGUCCAGCUCAGCAUUGGCUAUAUCCAAGGUCUGCCAUCCGUCACGGGUGCCAAGUGCAACGUCAUCAAUGACACGCUGUGUGACAUUGUAUCCCGUGACACUUUUACCCUCGUCCUCGAUAUCUGGGUUAUCAUCCAGCUGGUCUGGGUCACCAUGCUCUGCGCUGUCCAACUCGUUCAGGUCUCCCGCAACCAGACCACCUACGAAAACAUGCGCGGCCACCACAUUGACCGAUCCUACCCAAGCUCUCAAGCCUUCGCCUCUGCCAUGACCGCUGGCACAACCUCCCUCGAGGGUGCCGGCCUCACUGCCUCCGGCGCGGGACCCAACCCAGCACUCGCCCGCCCCGGUGCACCCCGCCGACACCGCGGUUUCUGCGCACAAUGGUCCUCCCUGCUGGGCAUCGACACGUUCUUCGCCACGGCACGGGAUGGUCUUCGGGAUGGACACCAGGCUGCUCGGCCACGCAACCCGUUCUCCCGCGGCGUGGCCACCAAUUGCCGCGACUUCUGGUGUGACCCUGCGCCUAUCUUUGGUAAACGCUCCACGGGCUCGGGCAUGUUGGGCGGAGAGGUAGUGAACUACCACGACAUGUACGAGACUCCAACUCGUAUGCGCGUGGGCCGCAUGGGCGAGGGCGGUGCGUACCGCAGCGUCGCGGGUGAAGACCCCGAGCACAUGGUUUGA